GAAGUAAUGGCAGCAGCUCCGGGAGACUCUGGGCUCUCCAAACUGCAGUUCGCCCCCUUUAGCAGUGCCUUGGAUGUUGGCUUCUGGCAUGAGCUGACCCAGAGGAAGCUGAAUGAAUAUCGGCUGGAUGAGGCCCCCAAGGACAUUAAGGGCUAUUAUUACAAUGGUGAUUCUCAUGGGCUUCCAGCUCGCUUAACAUUGGAGUUCAGUGCUUUUGACAUGAGUGCUCCCACGCCCGCCCACUGCUGCCCGGCUGUUGGAACGCUCUUUAACACCAACACACUCGAGGCUUUCAAGGCCGCAGAUAAGAAGCUCCUUUUGGAACAAGCAGCAGACGAGAUCUGGGAAGCCAUAAAAUCGGGCGCUGCCCUCAAAAACCCCGUCCUCCUCAACAAGUUCCUCCUCCUGACAUUUGCAGAUCUAAAGAAGUACCACUUCUACUAUUGGUUUUGCUUCCCUGCUCUCUGCCUCCCAGAGAGUAUACCCCUCAUUCAGGGGCCAGUGGGCUUGGAUCAAAGAUUUUCACCAAAACAGAUUCAAGCCCUUGAGCGUGCAUAUGAUGAUCUUUGUCAAACAGAAGGAGUCCCAGCACUACCUUACUUCUUAAUCAAGUAUGAUGAGAACAUGGUGCUGGUUUCCCUGCUGAAACACUACAGCGAUUUCUUCCAAGACCAGAGGACAAAGAUAAUGAUUGGUGUAUAUGAUCCCUGUAACUUAGCCCAGCACCCUGGAUGGCCUUUGAGGAAUCUUUUGGUCCUAGCAGCCCACCGAUGGAGCAGCAGUUUCCAGUCCGUUGAAGUCCUGUGCUUCCGGGACCGGACCAUGCAGGGCGUGAGAGACAUCGCCCACAGCAUCGUCUUCGAAGUGAAGCUUCCCGAAAUGGCAUUUAGCCCAGAUUGUCCCAAAGCAGUUGGAUGGGAAAAAAACCAGAAAGGUGGCAUGGGACCGAGGAUGGUGAACCUCAGUGAGUGUAUGGACCCUAAGAGGUUAGCUGAGUCAUCAGUGGAUUUAAAUCUCAAGUUGAUGUGUUGGAGAUUGGUGCCUACUCUGGACUUAGACAAGGUCGUGUGUGUCAAGUGUCUGCUGCUUGGAGCCGGCACCUUGGGUUGCAAUGUGGCCAGGACACUGACGGGUUGGGGUGUCAGACACAUCACGUUUGUGGACAAUGCCAAUAUCUCCUACUCCAAUCCCGUGAGGCAGCCUCUCUAUGAAUUUGAAGAUUGCCUAGCAGGUGGUAAGCCCAAGGCCCUGGCUGCAGCAGAUCGACUCCAGAAAAUAUUCCCUGGAGUGAAUGCCAGAGGGUUCAACAUGAGCAUCCCCAUGCCUGGGCACCCAGUGAACUUCUCCAGUGUCACCCUGGAGCAGGCCCGCAAGGACGUGGAGCAGCUGGAGCAGCUCAUUGAGAGCCAUGACGUUGUGUUCCUGUUGAUGGACACCAGGGAGAGCCGGUGGCUCCCUGCCGUCAUUGCUGCGAGCAAAAGAAAGCUGGUCAUCAAUGCUGCCUUGGGAUUUGACACAUUUGUUGUCAUGAGGCACGGCUUGAAGAAACCGAAGCAGCAAGGAGCUGGGGACUUGUGUCCUGGCCACCAUGUGGCACCUGCCGACCUCCUGGGCUCCUCGCUCUUCGCCAACAUCCCCGGCUACAAACUUGGCUGCUAUUUCUGCAAUGAUGUGGUGGCCCCAGGAGAUUCAACCAGAGACCGAACCUUGGACCAGCAAUGCACCGUGAGCCGCCCAGGACUGGCCAUGAUUGCAGGAGCCCUGGCAGUGGAAUUGAUGGUUUCUGUUUUGCAGCAUCCAGAAGGGGGCUAUGCCAUUGCCAGCAGCAGUGAUGACCGCAUGAAUGAGCCGCCAACCUCCCUCGGCCUUGUGCCUCACCAGAUCCGGGGAUUUCUGUCACGGUUUGAUAAUGUCCUUCCUGUCAGCCUGGCAUUUGACAAAUGUACAGCUUGUUCUUCCAAAGUUCUUGAUCAAUAUGAACGAGAAGGAUUUAAUUUCCUAGCGAAGGUGUUUAAUUCUUCACAUUCCUUCUUAGAAGACUUGACCGGUCUCACAUUGCUGCAUCAAGAGACCCAAGCUGCUGAGUAUUUGCAGACUCUGCGGCUUUGCUCUCUGGCACCCACAGCUCUGUGGGGGCGGGCCAACGAUGGAGCUGCUGGAGCAGGGUACAGCUGCCCAGUCUUGUUUGGAUUUUGCAUUAUGGCUAUCUCCUCUCUUCCCACGUCUGCUCAAACAGUUGCACAAACAAUCAAGCCAGGCCCAUUGGCAGCCAAGUCCUGACUUGUCCACAGAAGGCUUGGCUGAAGAGGAUGAGCGUCUCUCAACGAGUCCAAAUCUGCCGGCUCAGAAUCCCCUUCCUAGCCUAGGGUUUGGAGCAUGAAGCGGUGGGGAAGGCAACGUUCUCCGGGAAGGAAAGGAAAAGUCACUGAGCAACAACCGUCUGAUGAAUCAAAAACCACAAACAUGAGCCCUGUUCAAGGGAGCAGGGUUUUUUCCUCUGACAAAGUUUAUUUCUUUAAUUUUUUUUUUUAACCAAAGAAAGACAAGGGAGACCAACCAGUGGCCCAGUGGCCAUUGCUGUAUGCAUGCCUGGUCCCUCAGUCAGUCUUUGAAAAUCCAGCUAAUGUGUUCCUAGCAAAAUGCCUACCCCCAGCCGUCUCCACUCAGGGCAGUAUGCCUUUGCCAGAUGAGAUCCUUCUGAAGCAAAGGGACUGCUUGUUGAGGCUUUGCACGCUUUGGUUGUGCCCUGGAAUCCUGC